AUGCCUUUCUUCCAAGGAACAACAUAUAUCAUUAUCAGUGGUGGAAUCUUCAACAACAUCCCUGGGAACCUCAUGGUCACCAACACCAGCGAGUAUGUCUUGAACUUCAACUCCCAUAACACAAAUGGUGUUGAAGUUGAGAGUUUUAUGUGGCACCCAGCUUCAUGGGAGGAUACUCUGCCAGCUUAUGACAACCCAAAUAACUUUCCCACUGGCACACAGACUCUGGUUGCCACUGCUGCUAGUGCUCCUACCUCCACCCCCACACAACAGCCUGCAAAAGUAAUGUUUGACGAAACCGCUCUCACAGGGGAGAAACAGUGA